UCGACAGGAAUCAAACUCGCGUCGGUUCUGGCUUGAGUUUGAGGUCCUACAUGUGGAAUGACGAACCAUCUGUCGGCCUCCAGCGGAAUGCAGAGCCUCCGGAAGGAGCACAUGUACAAGGUGCUGGUUAUCGGAGACCUGGGGGUCGGAAAGACCUCCAUCAUCAGGCGCUACGUCCAGCAGACUUACUCCAACAACUACAGGGCCACCAUCGGAGUUGACUUCGCCCUCAAAGUCUUAAACUGGAACUCUGAGAUAGUCCGCCUUCAGUUGUGGGACAUUGCAGGUCAGGAACGGUUCGGUAACAUGACACGAGUAUACUACCGUGAAGCCAUGGGGGCCUUCAUAGUAUUCGAUGUGACCCGGCCCACCACCUUUGAGGCGGUCACCAAGUGGAAGGAGGAUCUGGACUCCAAGCUAAUGAUGGCUAAUGGACAGAACAUUGCUACUGUGCUGCUGGCUAACAAAUGUGAUCAGGGCAGGGAGAUCACCAACAAUGGAAUCCAUAUGGACCAAUUCUGCAAAGACCAUGGUUUCAUUGGAUGGUUCGAGACCUCUGCCAAGGACAAUCUCAACAUCUGUGAAGCUGCACAUUUCCUGGUAAAACAUAUCAUGUCCACAGAGUAUGACAUCCAGAAAUCUGUCAUCCCGGACACCGUCUCGCCUAAAUUUGAGCCAAGCAGGCAGACAAGCUGCUCUGGCUGUUUCAAAUAAAACAGUUUGGAGAAGCAGUCAGACAGCCUGAUGGAAGCAGUGACCAAAAAGAGACAAAAACACUAAACUGACUUCCAAGGAAAUACAGGUACUUUUUGUCCAAAAGCACAGGUGAACAGUUUGAAUGUGUUUAUUUAUGUUCUUGUUGCCGUCACAAGAAAAUCAGGAAUGCUGCAAUGUCACACUGACUCAGAUGUUUCAGUAAAUUCUCAUACUGUGUUGUUAAAGCUUUUGGCAGAGGGUGCGAAGCACAUAAACAUGUUUUAUAUAAUGUACUCAUCUCUGCUCUUUGCCAUCAGCAUGAGGAGGAUUCCUUAAUCCAUCUAUCCAGAAUGUUUUUGCAUAUCUGUAUAUCCUGCAUUUUCCAAGCAUAUUUGGAUAACAUGUUAGCGGGUGUCUUUUCAUGCUUUUGUGAAUGACCCAAAGAUGUUGGUAAGUGGACACUUUCAGUGGACUGACACCAGUACAUGCAUUUUUCACACUUUGUUUUUGUUAUAUUUUCAGUAGUUAUAGGUCUGUUUAUUGUCUCUGCAAGUUUUUUGCUGAUGUCCACGAAACCCAACCGAAUGAUAAAUGAACAAGUGCAAUCAGAGAUUUCUGAUAAGUACUUUUGACGUAAUCCUCAAUAUCUGACAAAGUGAAGCGUACAAAUUGAAAUCCUGAUCCAGAAUCUGGAUCUGGAUCACCUCCAAAAUUCAGUGGAGUCUUCCAUGGCCUAAUAUCUAUCUAUCCAUGGUGAAAAUUUGGUGAGAAUUCAAAGCCUAUAUAAAGUGAUAUCUUGAUAUAGAAUCCCGAUGCGGAUCUGGAUCACCUCCAAAAUUUAAUGGGGUCUUUCGUGCCGUAAUAUGCAUCUGUUGUGAAGGUUUCGUCAAAAUCCGUGCAGUAGUUUUGACGUAAUCCUGCUAACAGUAAUCCUUCAA